AUGGCCCAUUUCGUCAAGACUCACAAACAACCAUACGAUGGUUUGACUAAGGCAGUGUCUGGUAGACCCCUAGUUGGGAAGUCGGCUCUCAUCACUGGGGCUGGGCGCGGCGUAGGCGAGCACAUAACAAAGGGAAUCGCAUCUGCGGGAGCAGCCAAAAUUGCCAUUCUCGGUCGAGACAAAGUACGCAUCGAAGCUGCCCGAGACCGGUUCGCCGCUCGAUAUCCAGAAACAAAAUUUGUGGCGUUCGCUGCCGACGUGACGGAUGAAAAUGCGGUUGCAGCAAUCUUCGAUGCUUUCGGCGCUCCCGAUAUCGUGAUCAACAAUGCUGGCCAGUUUCCAGACGAUGGCCCAUUCAUUCAGCAAGAUCUCAAGCCUUGGUGGGCUGGCUGGGAGACCAAUGUCCUUGGCCCUGCAGUGGUCACUCAGAAGUUCUUGCAGACAAAAGCCGUGCCGAAAGGUGCCGUACUUCUGACCGUCUCCAGCAUGGCAGCGCAUAUGCGUUUCCCUCUGACUGGCUGGGCUGGAUACAAUAGUAGCAAGCUGGCGCAGGUUCGAUUGUUUGAGAAUAUCCGCAUCGAGCAUCCUGACAUUCGCUUUGUUAAUGUCCAUCCUGGAAACGUCGAUUCCGAUGGCUUUACUCGUUCAGGAGCAUCUGCGCCUCCGGAUGGAAUGACAAAUGGAGAGCUGGCUGGAGACUUCUUUGCCUGGCUUGCAACUGAUGAUGCAGCCUUCCUGAAUGGACGCUUCGUCUGGGCUGAGUGGGAUAUUGAGGAGUUGAAAGGACGUAGAAAGGACAUCGAGGACGGCGAUCUUCUCUUGACAACUAUCGAUGGAUUUUCCAAGGGCUUCUUCUAG